GUAAAUUUCAUACAAUAAAUUCAACUUUUGCUGAAAAAUGGGGUAAAUUUCCAUAUGGAAUUUAUAAAGCAACAAUAGAAGGAAAUCCUUCAAAGAAAAGCCUUCAAUAUACAAGAUAUUUGCGAUAUAAUCCACAUGGAAUUUAUACACAUUAUGAUUUAGAAUGUGCUAAAAAAAAUAGAUUAAAAGUAUAUUUAAUGAAUGAAUCACCAAAUACACUUAUAUAUGAAAAAAAUACUUGUAUUAGUGGAAGAGACAUGUUUG